UUCCAGGAUACACUGGCAAUAUAUGGAUGAAACUAUUUCCAUAUGGAACUGAACAUCUUUGACAUUUGUGUCACUGAUUGUUGAAAAACUGGUCCCAUUACCAUUCUUGUGUCCAACAACAGCCAUGAGGAGAUGUAUAACUGUUCCGAUCUGUGCGUUUCUUUCUUUGUCCGACCUUGCCGUCACCACAGUCAUCUUUUCCCAUGGAACAGACUUCCGUUAUCACUUCCUGGUGGAGACUUACGACUACAACAUCAACCGUUCCAUGUUUGAUCUCUGGGCACUGACUCUAAUUCGGGUCCCAUUCAUCUUAGGACUGGUCACAGCGAUUAUACACAAUCCGUCCCCUGCAGUGUCUCGCAGUAAACACGUCAGUAAAUACAUCGUAGUUCUGUGUGUGGCGAUGUGUAUGUGGACUGUCAUCCGACUGCUCACCCUCGCUGACAGCAACAGCAACCUCCACAACCCCUGGAUGUGGGCAAUGCUGGCCUGGGCCGUUGUGGCGGCCAUCUUGUUUUAUAUACAAUGGCGUAUUCUGUGUUGUACAAAAGUCUGUGAUAAACCAAACUUGCUAGGGGAUGAUGAAGAGAGAGAGCCCUUGAUUAAUGACUCAAAGGCUAAAGUGAAGGAUGAUUCGAAGGAUGAGGACAAAGAGAAAAAUGUUAAAUUAUCCAAAGCCAAAGUGUUUCUGUUUUCGUACAUGCGACCUGACUGGCUCCUGCUGUGUACAGGGUUCACAUUUCUCAUCUUAGCAGCUAUAGCCAAUAUCUUCAUUCCAUUCUACACGGGUCUGGUGAUCGAUGGAAUCGCUAUCGAGAAGUCACGUGAAAAGUUCACUCACGCAAUCAUCGUCAUGGCCUUAAUUUCACUCGGCAGUGCCAUAGCAACGGGUGUAAGAGGAGGCUGCCUGUUCCUGGCGUUGCAGAGACUCAACAUCCGCAUCAGGAACGUCCUGUUCUCCUCCAUCAUGACCCAGGAAGUUGGCUUCUUCGACACCGUCAAAACAGGUGACAUCACAUCGCGGCUGACAUCGGACACGACGACAACAAGUGAUGCCAUCACACUCAACGUCAACAUCUUUCUCAGAAGCCUCAUCACAGCAUGUGGGACAGUGUUCUUCAUGAUCAAGCUGUCAUGGAGGAUGAGUCUCGUCACGUUCACCGGUCUCCCCAUCGUCAUCGGCGUUGCACACGUGUAUGGUGACUACUACAAGGCGCUGGCGAAGAAGGUCCAAGACAGUCUAGCCAAAGCCAAUGAGGUGGCAGAGGAAGCCUGUUCAUCACUCAGAACGGUCCGCAGUUUCGCCAAUGAACAGAGCGAGGUGUCGAGAUACAAGCUGUCAAUGGUAGACACCUACAAGCUGUACAAGAAGCAGGCUGUAGUGUAUGCAGGCUUCCUGUGGUCUAACCAGUUGUUUGACUUGGCUCUCACUGUUGCGGUGCUGUAUUAUGGCGGCCAUCUUGUGAUUGCCAACAAGAUCACUGGUGGCAACCUGGUGUCUUUCAUCCUCUACCAGAUAGAGCUGGGGCAGUGUCUGGAGAGUAUUGGCUCCGUGUACACUGGCCUGAUGCAGGCUAUAGGGGCCUCGGAGAAAGUGUUCGAGUACAUGGACAGGAAGCCGGUGAUCACUAACACAGGAAGUUAUGCUCCAGACAAGUUGGAAGGUCAUCUUGAGUUCCGAAAUGUCAGCUUCUCCUACCCAUCCCGCCCCGACACCCUGGUGUUGAAGAAUGUGUCGUUCAGCGUGCACCCGGGGGAGGUGGUGGCCCUGGUUGGUCCGAGUGGAGGCGGCAAGAGCUCCUGUGUCAACCUACUGGAACACUUCUACGAGACAAGCACCGGGGACGUCCUCCUGGACAACGUGCCAAUACACCAGUAUGAUCACAAGUACCUGCACAGAAAGGUUUCCCUUGUGGGUCAGGAACCAGUGCUGUAUGCUCGAAGUAUCCGGGAGAACAUCGGCUAUGGGCUGGACGACUGUACGAAGGAGGAGGUGGAACACGCCGCUGUCAUGGCCAACGCUCAUCAGUUCAUCAUGGAGAUGGCAGAGAAGUAUGAUACACAGUCUGGAGAGAAGGGGACGCAACUCUCAGGGGGACAGAAGCAGCGGAUUGCUAUAGCACGGGCUCUGAUCCGGAACCCUGUGGUUCUGCUGCUGGAUGAGGCAACGAGCGCUCUGGACUCGGAGUCAGAACAUGUGGUCCAACAAGCAUUGUACAGUAACGUGAAAGGCCGGACUGUGUUGAUCAUCGCUCACCGACUCAGCACAGUAGAGCGAGCUCACCGCAUCGUCGUGAUCAACAAAGGCACCAUUGUGGAGCAAGGAACUCACACGGAGCUCCUUGCUAAUGGAGGCAUGUACUCCAACCUUGUCAAGCGGCAGAUGCUCGGAUUUGAUGAGAUGCCUUCUAGAAAUGAGACUCCUUGCCAUUCCUCACCACGAACUGUGACGUCACGUGCGUCCGUCCAUGCAGGGUCGGUGUCCCCGGACUUCCGAUCGUGUAGCAGCACACCACCCUGUGCCUCAUUCCAUGUUGGCUCAACUCUCUGACCCCUGGCCUGUGUAGCAGACGUCAGUUUUACCAGUUGAGCUGGGAUUAUGAGGGACCAGUGAAGGGCUUCAGUUGACUCUGAAGAGGAUGAAGAAUUCAAGGUCAUUUCAGACAAGAGUGUUCACAUGAACCAUUGUGAAAACAAUGGUCAGGUUUUGAAAUCUAGGACCUCGGGAUUGACUCAGAAGUGGAGAGUUAUUUGUUUUAUCAGGCCUCCUUGCAAUCAGAGUAAAUAAGGGAUUACUGCUUGACUCUGAAUCGGCAAUCAGGGAUUUGUUGCAACUUGUCAAUCAGCAGCAACAGCAGUGAGCUGUUUACAUCAACAAAGAGAUGCUGUCUCUUGGGAAUAGAUCCCAAUUUAGCACACAAUUGUUUUGGAAUCAGUUUAUGGAACAGUUAAAAUUUUGAAGUCAGAGAAAGUUAAUUUGUCAAACAUUGACACAGCCUCACAGUGAUUUUCACAAAUCUCUGUACUAAUACAGUGGAAGCCCUCUAAACCGGCAGCCCUCCAAUCCGGCAUACUCUCAAUAUCGGCACUAAAAUUUUGUCCCGGCAGAAGCUAAUUAAUUUAUGAUCAUUUGCACGCCCUCUAAUCCGGUGUCAGUCUCUUCCGUUUUCGGCACAACAAAGACCGCCCAAUUGACUGUUUGUACAGUAAUUAACGCUCUCUAAACCGGCAUCCGGUAUCUCGACUCUCCUGUGUAUUAACAACACAAUGGAUUAUCAUGGGCGUUAAGCUCAUUUAUGUUGCCUGAUAAAGGAGUAUGGAUAAGAAUUAGGCCUAAGUAGGUGAGGUAAAUUGGUGAGUGACGUGACACACUAGAUCAGAGUGAUGUUGACAACUUUAUGUCCGCCUCCCGACUUUGAUUGACGGAUGUACGCCUGAAGAUGUCUUUAACUGCGAUGAGACUGGUUUGUUUUUCCGUGCUGUACCGGAUGUUAUCUUUAUUGAUGAAUGAAGAAUAUGAUGACUAUCAACAAGUUCUUCAGUCGUAUUUUACGGCAACAGAAGAUCAUUCUCAGGUUGAAAAGUUCUCUAAACCGUCACGCCCACUAUACCGGCAUUCUUUGCCGGUCCCAAUGAAUGCCGGUUUAGACGGCUUCCACUGUACAUUAAUAUCAAAAUAUAGCUUAACUUGUAAUAACCCCUACACUCCCUUCUACAGAUGUUAUCACCUGGUAAAUAUUUCUUGUAUUUUCUUGCAGUUAAGACAAAGAAGUUAUUCAUUUUCAGAGUAGCACUAUCAUAAUUUCAACCAAAAAACCCUCUUAAGUAUGUUGCAAGAUGGGAAACUUGCAAACUUGUCAACCUGUUCAAAUUUAAAGAAAUUACUUUUUACAGACACCAUACUUCAGAACAGCGUAUUGACUUUCACUGAUUGUUUCAAGAAUAGCAACAACUUGUAAUCUGAUGCCAAUGUCCAGAUAUUAUCCACUAUGUGUCCAUGAAGUGCAAUCAACACUCACCAUGGAUUCUGUGGAGGUGAUAAAUGGUUUUAUACUCCAGGUUCUCAGAAUUGCCAUUGUCUUUCAGUUUACGUCACGUCCUCAACAUGUGUACGUGUUGUUUAUAUGCCAAGGCUCAGGCAGUGUUAACGGGACAAGUUUCACAUUGCCCUUUACAACUAGGGGACCACAGUAAUACAUUUCAAGGCUGUCUGUAGUGAGGUCAUGUCGUUUACUGUUAGAUUUGAUAUUAAUGUCAUUACAAGACCUUUUCGUUUCUUUGUAUAAAAAUGUUUACUAUAGAUAUAUUUUACAUUCCUUUAGUUACAAUGUUUAUGUUUUAAUGCAUCCAUUCUAUACAGCUAUGUGCAUUUCUGCAUCAUGCAAGACCUUGAAGCUAAUAUUUGUUAUAUUUGACAUAUUCAUCGCUAGAUGGUGCCCGGUGUUGCCAUGGUGAUUGUGGGUAUAGUGGAACACGUAGAUAUACAACUUACAUU